UUCAAUGGGCUAAAUAUAAAGCUAGGACGUGUACAGUGCACACAUCCACUUACACAGAUCCUUGACUUCUGCACAGGCUGCUUUGCAUGCGCUGGAUUGUCUUCAGAGUAACACCGAGCAAGUUUAUUUAUAUUUGGAGAAUUUUUCUACUUGCUGCGCGGAUUCCUAAAAGCUGUCUUGUGAGGUAACUCACUGUCUUGUUUCAUCUAAGUUAGAUAUUUAGCAACUGAGGCAAAACCUAUAUUUAAGAGCAACAAGACUGUUGGAGAGUGACACUUUUUUAAAAAAUUGUUUUUAUUAAUGUUCAUAUAAGCUUCUGUUGACUUUGACAGUUCUCGAUACGGUCGCAUUUUCAGUAUAAACUGGGAAACUGAACCCCGUGUGCUUGUGUGCACCCUGUGUAUGAAUUAAUCAUCGCUGACAAAUGACUGCAGAAAGGCAACAGUCUCCUUCUAAGGCACCGUCCGUGGGAUCCCGAUAUCACCAGACCAUUGCUAAUAGCAACGAUAGCAUGCCUGUUGUAAAAGUGGAGAAAGACACCUUGUCCGAUGUUUCCAUUUCAACGCCACAAACUGACACCGAAGAUCCUCCAAAGGGCCGAAGAAGAAAAAGACCACUCCAGAGGGGCAAACCGCCAUACAGCUACAUUGCCCUCAUUUCCAUGGCGAUUGCCAACUCCCAAGAAAGGAAACUAACUUUGGGGGGCAUCUACAGGUUUAUCACGGAAAGGUUUCCCUUUUACAGGGAUAACUCCAAGAAGUGGCAGAAUUCAAUUCGACACAACCUCACCCUAAACGACUGCUUCAUUAAGAUACCGCGGGAACCCGGGCGCCCUGGGAAGGGCAACUACUGGGCCCUAGACCCCAAUGCUGAAGAUAUGUUCGACAGCGGCAGCUUCCUGAGACGAAGGAAGAGGUUUAAACGCUGUAACUUUACGACCUAUCCAGCCUACGUUCACGAAUCGCCUGUCUUUGCGCCCAUGCAAAUGUCCAGAUCCGGCUAUGCCAAUUCAAUGUACCCGAACGUGACUGUGAAUCCCUCUUACAGCCAACAGAUUGCACCUCACUCAUCGGUUUACUACCCGACGUCUUCCCCUAACUUCAGCUCCAGCCAGGCUAGAGUGUUUAGCAUCAAUACCAUCAUUGGACAUCACGGCGGUCUAACCUCUGGGGCAGAUUUAAUCCAACAACCCAACAGGAGCUUCAGUCCCGACCUGGCAUCAGCUGGCAGCUCGUGUAACCUUGGAGGAGUCGGCUACCAAGCCCAGUCUUGUGGGGGGUCCGUGCUUUCUAGGUCGUCCAACCCAAUGUCCUACUCGUACUCUGUGGCAAAUGGACACCUGCCUAUGAACCAACCCUCAUACUCCCAGGGGAACAGUCAGAUUUAUGGAACUUCCUGCCGUCUGGGAAUACCCAAUUCACCUUCAAUGACAAAUGACAACAUGGACCUCUAUGGAAGGCUGUCCCCUGGUCAGUACACAACCAUAGCACAAUAUAAUAGUAGCAGCCAAAUCCCAAGCACAAAUGCGUAUCUUAGGCAUGCAACGUACUCCGGCAAUAUGGAAAGGUUUGUGUCUGCAAUUUAAGACGUUUUUUUUAGACUAUGUAAUUAUUUAAAAUUUGGAGUGUUGAUUUUAUUUUGUCCGAUUUUUUUCCAGAUGGCUUGGUUAGACUUCCUACCAAAAGUGAUUAACUUAAAAAUGUCUUACAUUACAUUUUCAAUUGAGCGCUUUAAUAAUUUAGUUAUACAGCAUGUUCUGAAUUAUAAUUAUUAUUUAUUUCUUAGCAGACGCCCAUAUCCAGUGCCACUUACAACUGUUACACGAUAUCACAUUAUUUUUUACAUACAAUUACAAAUUUAUAGAGUUGGGUUUUUACUGGAGCAAUUUAGGUAAAGUACCUUGCUGAAGGGUACAGCAGCAGUGUCCCCCACCAGGGAUUGAACCCACGACCCUCCGGUCAAGAGUCCAGAGCCACUAUUCCACAAUUAAUUGAGAUAGGGUUCCUUCGUUCGUUCUAGCACAAUCAGGAAAAACAAUCUAAUCAUUAUAUGGGUUUCAAAUAAUUAAUAUUUGGAAUCCCUACAGCAUAUUGAACACCCAGUGGUUAUAUUUGGAAUAUUUUAAAGAAUGUCUCUUUGGACCCAAACAAAAUAAGAUACUCUUGCAGUAACUAGAACCCCUACACAUAUGAAACACUGACAUAUUUAAAGUAUUUAGAAAAUCAUACCGCCAACAUUGACAUAUAUAAAAUAUAUGAAAUCUCCAUUAUUUCCAUAAAAAAAAAAAAGUUCCGUUUGGGUAUAUUUUUGAGUGCAUUGUUUGUUUUUAAAGUAGACAUCUUUCAAUGUAAUUUUAUAAUGUUAAUUAACA